CAUUUUAAUUAUUGUGAUUCAUGGUGUAAGGUUAGAUUACAGGUAUGUAUUGAUUGGAUUUCAUUUUUCCCUCUCACUCUUUAGAGCAUAGUGGACAGUGGAUGAUAGCCAGAGCAGUAGAGGCAGACAGUGAAGAAAUAGUUCCCAAGCCGUACAUGAGAGACCUAGUUAUGUACGAUGUAUUCAACCAGCUAGAUGAGGAGAGAGUGGGAAAUCAGCUGGUUCUCUCCUCUCUCUCAAGGGCUCUCAAUGAACUUAAGAAGGACAGGGCUUUUUGGAGGUCAAUGAGAGAGGGGGACGAUAAAUUAAUGAGGGAAAACAAGAGAAUGAAAGGUGAGAUGAAAAAGAAAAACAUGAGGAACUUUAACAGUGCCAAAGAACAGAGGGCAGAGAGAAAGAGGGAAAGGAGGAGGGAGAGGAACUGUGAUGUGACUAAAUGGAUGUCCUCCCUGUCCGGAAUGGAAAGUUCCAUUAUAGGACUCCGUCCCAGGCCUCCGUCCCGGCCACUGCUCAGAGAACCAGUCUUAACCAGAACCAGCUUCAGCCGUACCGACGCCAGAAACAUAGAGGUUAGGGAGAUGAUCCUGCAAAGGAGCCACAUUGCCUACAAGAUCAAGUGCCUGCAAUGCCGGAAAGCGGCUGCUGAGGGGUUGACACUGACUGAGGGAGGUGGAGGGCCUGAGGCUAUGGGUGACGGAGAGACAGUGAUGGACAUUACAGGGCAAAGUAAGAAAGCCUCAAAGGGCAAGGGGUCAAAGGGCAAAGAGAGUGGAGGAGGGGAAGGUAGUGAGUGGGCCAAAUUAGGUCUGGAGGAAAUUGCGGAGACAGAUGACAGGAAUAAAGAGAAGAAAACCAAAGUACGGACAGGACAGAGAAGUAAGGACAAGCGAAGAGAGGAAAGAGAGAGACAAAGAUGUCGUAAGGAAACAGAUUUGAUCUCAGACGAAUUAGCUAGAAUGGACAUAGAAAAAAUAGAUGGAGAGAAACAGGAUGAGACUGUGAGCAAGAUCUCUUGAGGAAAAGACUUCUAACAAAAAUAUGGUAGAAAACAGAUGAAAGAAAAGACAAAUAGAACAAUUGUACUUACUGAUGAGGGAGUGAUGAGCAAAGCAUCAGGGGAAAGAGAAGAAGAGGCUAGAGAGGAGAAUGCUAAGACAUUUCAAGAGAGCUUAAAAGUCCAGGAGGUCAGAGAUGGAGAGGAAGGUCCUACAGGAAGAAAGUUAGAGCAUCAGGAAGCCAGAGAGAGUGUGGAGACACAAAACAGUGAUGGAUAUGUACAAUUGAGAGAGAUUUGUAAAAGAAAGGAAGUGGAGGUAGAGGUUACAAAAAUCAAUACCUCCUGUGAUGAAACGUCCAUCAUGGUUCUGGCGAGCCAAGCCCCUGGUAGGCCUAUGACAGCCUCCCAAACUCCAUUGAAGGGCAAAGGAAAGCAACAACGCAACCUUCCGUACAAGAGAAAGGAAGGACUUCAAGAAGAGAUCAAUUCAAAGGGUGAAGUGCUUGAGGGUGGAAGACAAGUUAACUUCCUUGAGUGCCAGGCACAGGAACAGAGAAGUCUGGGUGAGUUGGGCGAGGUUGCAGGCUUCUGGAGGAAGGAGAAAAAAGGCCACAAGGACAAAGACAGAGAGGGCAAGGAGGAGAAAGCCCGAGAGGGUCAGACAUGGCAAAACCAGGGGGGAAAUGGCAGGGAUCCAUGGAAUGGAGAGACAGAGCGGGGUGGAGGUGGUAGGCGUAGAGGAGCUAGACAGAGGGGAAAACAGUUGCAGCUUUUUUCUAAGAAGCAAAGGCAAAUACACAGCAACUGGAAUGACCGCCAUCCAUCAGAGAGCAGCUGUGACUGGAGGAGCAGGGAGGAAGAAGGGCCUGAGAAACAUGUUGAGAGUAGGAUGGACAGGCAGAGAGGUGAGAGGCCUCCGAAGGGGGAGAAGAGCCAUUACUCAGCUAAAGGGAAGAAAUACAUUGAUGUGUGUUAAAUAAAUAAAUAGUAUUUCUGAUGUCAGAAAUUGGUUUAUAUAAGUUAUUGAGAAGUACAGGCACAUCAAUGCAUGGGGAGUUCAGAGACGCAGCCAUGAAAUUACAAGAGAACGAUUAAAGAGUACACAUGAUUCAGACAACAGGA